AUGCCACGUCAACAUGCUGGAAAGGUGGAUUGGAAAUCGGUUGAUGGAGCUUUUGACAAACCAAGAAGACUGCAUUUGCAACAAGACAAGAAUCACUUAUAUCGUUGUCCUGUAAAUGGAUGCGAACACCCUGGAUUUAGCAGUUGUCGCGGUUGCAGGAAGCAUGUUUACGAAAAGCACGCUUGGUAUAAAUAUUUCGAUCAAAAACCUAUUGUUAUUUCAAAUACUGUUGAAGAAAAAGGCAAUGUAAUCACAUCAAAAGCCAGACAUACAAUUCCUUGUUGUUCUACGGAAAAUGAUUUAUGUCGUUCCCUUUCGGUGUGGUUACAAAGUACGGCUGGGGGCGGCAAGUCUGAAAAGCAAUCACAAAUUUCAGUAACAAGGGCUCUCAAGUUUAUAACAUUUUGUUGUUCUGAAACGGGCGAGGACGAAUUGAAUGCGACUUCGUCUUUAGAAAUUAUAGAUUAUUUUCUUGGUUCUUCGAAGUUGUUAACGGGUUUCCUUGAUUAUCUUCAGGGUACUUGGAAAAUGGGAAAUUCCGGCCAAUUAGGUUACAUAACAAGCAUAUCUGAGCUGUUAGAUUUUCGAAAGUUUAACUCUCCCUCGGGCGCCGUACUGCAAAAUUUCUCUGUUACUGAAGUUUACAUCAAGAGAGCAAAGAAAUGUUUGUCAAAAGUAAUGAGGUCGCACUGGACGACAGAUCUUGACAUAGAAACACUUGAAUCAAGACGGAGUUGGGCAAGCUUAGCCGAACUCCAAACUGUGAUACCCUUCCAUAUACCACGUUAUAAGAUUAUAUUGGACGAAUGCAAAAACAAAUCACCUGUUGUUAGCGCAACGAAUCUUACAUUCGCUACCCGAUUCCUAGCAGUAUUUAUGUUUUUUAAAGUUAAAGGCUGUAGGCCUAUGACGUAUCUGCAUUUGACGGUUAGCAUGUUUGAGAGUGCAAAACGAAAUAAAGGAAUGGUCGAUCAAACCACAUUCAAAACUGCCAAAAAGUAUGGCUUUGAUUCCUUAUAUUUUGACGAAAUUAGUUUGGAUGUUGUUGACAAUUACGUUCGCUAUGUUAGGCCAUUUCUGCAACCAAGGUGCGACUAUUUGCUCGUCAAUCGUAAUGGCAUUCAAUUUCAAAAAUUAACAGAAAUCUUAAGUAUAUUAGUCUUUCAGGCAAUCGGAAAAUACGUUCAUCCCACAAGAUACAGGCAAAUCAUUGAAACUGAAAGUGUGCAAAUCCUCAAUGUAGAGGAGCAGAAGUUGGUUUCUGAAGAUCAAAAACACAGUUCGAAUGUCGCCCGAGUCCAUUAUCAGAAAUUGCGUUCUCGAGAUGUAGCUAUCAAAGGGCGAACAUGUAUGGAAAAAUUGCGUGGCUUACACGGAGCAGAAAUGGACACUUGCGUUGAACAGUUAAAACAAGAACAUUGUUCCGAACACGAAUCAAAAAGUGAUAACGAAACCACUCCCAUACCACAAACAACGACAGAAAAGGUUUCUGCCGAGAAACGCAAACCCCUGAGAUUCACGAAAGAAGAGGAUCAAUUUAUAGAAAGGGGAAUUAAAAGAUUUGGUGCACGAUGGUGCACAAUCUUACGACAUCCAGAAUAUAACUUUCAACCUGGUAGAGAAGCUAGGACACUUAGACUUCGUGCAAUUCAACAAAAACUUAUCUAG